UGCGUCCUCCCCGCAGCCUGCGCAGCCAUGGCAGCCUCGCUGAGCCGCCCCUGCUUCAUCUCCCUGCACCUGCCCUACAGGCAGGGCUGGGCCCAGCACCUGGCCAACACCUUUCGCUUCCAGCCAGUGGCCGUGAGGGAGACGCCGCGUGUCCGGCAGCUGGCCUUGCGACGGGAAUCUGCCAUCUUCCUUGUCAACGAGCGCCUGGCAUCUGCCAGCACCUCAUCCCGUGAUUUCCUCUAUGACAUAGAUCCCCAGCCCACCUUGGGCACAGCCUCCAAUGUCUGCUUCGAGGUGGAUGAUGUGCCAGGGCUCUGCAAGCGGCUGCAGAGCCAGGGAUGCUCCUUGCUGGUGCCCCCCACUGAGCUGAGCGAUGACAGUGGUUCUGUCACCUACGGGGUGGUGAGCUCUGUCGUGGGCAACAUCAGCCACACCCUUUUGGACCGAUCCUGUUACCGGGGUCCCUUCCUACCCGGCUUCCAGCCCAUCCAGGGAGCCCCCUCAGCCACAGGGGAUGGGAUCAAGAUCACUCACUUCGACCACAUCACGUAUGUCUGCCCCAGGGGCGGGGCCCGGGCGGCUCUGGACUGGUACCAGCGCUGCUUUGGCUUCCACCGCUUCCUGCUGAACCCCCAGGAGAGACCGGCUGAAGGGUACGUGCUGGGAGGGCAGGGGGUGGGCAUGCUGCUCCUCGCACUGCAGAGCGCCCAGGGCACCCCAGCACACGGCUGCAAGCUGGUCUUUGCCGAGUCCCUCUCCCAGAAUGGCACCAACCAGGUCGACACGUUCCUGGAGCAGCACGGCGGGGCUGGGAUCCAGCACGUCGGGCUCUGCACCACUGACAUAGUCAGCACGACCAGGGCUCUGCAGCAGCAGGGAGCACGGUUCUUCACACCCCCCACCACGUAUUACAGCCAGGGGGGCAAAGCACAGGAGAUCCGAGGAGCUGGGCAGGACCCACACAUGCUGGCAGAGCUUGGCAUCCUCCUGGACACCAAAGUGUCUGGGGACAAGGGCCAGACGGGCACUGAUGCCACAGAGAGUCCCUCUCAGGAAUAUCUGAUGCAGAUCUUCACCCAUCCCAUCUUCUCUGAGGAGACCUUCUUCCUGGAGCUCAUUGACCGUCGGGGAGCCCCAGGCUUCGGUGAAGGCAAUAUCCGGGCACUGUGGAAAGCUGUGCAAGUCUACAUGGACCAGCAGCAAUAGUGCAACUCUGCAGUGCUCCCUCAGCUCCCCAUCUUCUCCAGUCCAACGCUGGGGCAAGGACCAGAGAUCCCACCCCUGGCAUGGCCCAGGUGGGCAGGGACCAAAGGACAGCUCCAGAUCAAUCCAGAGCCAACUCAGUGUGGGAACAAGACACUCAGGCCUGAGUCCAGCGGGGGUCUGAGCAUGCCUCAGGAUGUGUGGGAUUUCUCCGCUACCCUGGGUUCCCCGUGA